UUGCAAGUCGUACCUGGUACUUUUUUAAUUUGGCCUCAUUUGCAAUGAACCUACCCGCUUGGAAAGAUUGUAAGGUUGUUGUUUUCCUUGCAAAACCAAACAAUGGCAGGAUUUAGAGAGCGGCAAGUCCAAAAUGACACUGCAAAACGGUGGUUUCCACCCAAGAUUUAAAAAAAGGGCCGUCCCCACCCCAUCAUGCAGACGCAGACUCGUCCAAAAGGUAGCUGUGUUCCGGAAAGCUUUGCCUCCAAAAAUGGCCCUAGCUGCGGCCACUUAACUCCAAAGUAGACGGACGUUUUUGGGAAUGUAAUAUUAUCGUCUGCUUUAUUUAAAACAACAACAACGUUAUGUCUCAAAAAGCAGCCCAAGUUAACCCGAACCGGUGUGGUCUCUUUGACUCGAACUUGUGGUUUUGACAGUAUUCAGCUUGAGUGCAAAGUGAUGACUUAACUUUAACCCUUAGUUCGCCCGCCCGCGUGAUUGCAACCGAGCCUGACGUGAAAUCUGCAGAGCUGAUCACUCGCCCAUUGAUUGUAAGGCAUUUUUGUUUGGCGCACUGAUAUUUGAUGACGUGUACGUGUUCUCUCCAGAGUUCCAGGCUACACAAACGUUUGAGCUUUUCUGCCAUUUUAUUUCAUAGAGCACCACGCUAAAAUGAUUAAUACGAGAAUAGAACUCGUAAGAAUCAAGCGGUAUUGUUCGCUAGUGGAUCGUUAAGCCCACAUAGCGCGUUUUUGGGAUGCACAACUUGCACAAGUCAUGUCUCAUAAAAAUGUCUGGUGAAUGAUGACACGAAAUGUUGAAUAAAUAAAUACACAGGUUUUCAAAAGAAGCUUUCAGCUCAAAAUUGAGAAUCCUACUUGUUUAACAGCAUGAAUUUGUUUUCUCCCUACGUCACGUGAACGCCACCAAGCAUCUGGAGGAUACCGUGUGCGCAUGCGCAUAACUCGAGCAGCUCGGAUAUUACUGUACUUUUUGGGGUCGUAAUUCUACCACUUGGGUCGUCGAGUGUGUCUACUACCAAUAAGCAGCAUCAUCAUAAUAAUCGUGCUUUAAUUUCUUGGGCUUUUCCUUUGUAAUGCAUCCAUCCGUGUGAGGGCGAGUUGCCGAAGACGAGGCAAGCCGUUUUUGUCGUUAGUUGCAGCCAGACUAUGUCGACAAAUAAAACAAAGAAAGUCAAAAUGGCUACGAAAUCUUGUCCCGAAUGCGACCAACAGUUCAAAUCGGAGUCAGCCCUGUGACGUUCGCUUCUGCAUCCGCCCACACGGUGUCGCUGUGUCCCGCGAGGCCACCGAUCCCCGUGGCGUGCAAGUCGUGCCCGUGCGGCUACGUGUUCAUUAGCAGAAAACUGCUCAACGCCAAGUUGAACGAAUGCUCGUCCACAAACGCGGCGGCGGCGGCGGCGGACAAGCUGGAGUGCAAGCGUCGGCGCACCGAGCGCAUCCGGCGCGAUCGUCCGGACGGCGGACCGGCGGCGGCGGCAGCGGGCGGCGGUGGCGACGCGGCCGAAGGCAGGAGGCAGCAGCCCCGGGCCAACGGCCAGGCCGACCCCAUCCGCAGGGGCCGGGGGCGACCCAAGACGGUCGGGCUCAAGAAACAGGAGGACGACAAAGCAGAGAAACAAGAGAAGGAGGUGGACGUCUACGCGGGCCUGUCGGACGAGCGAGCGUUUGUCUUCUCGGUGGCUUUGGCCGAGAUCAACCGCAAGAUCCUGGCUCAGACGCUCAUCUUGUAGCGAGCCAGCCCGACGUCACGGACCUUGGUGACGGGACACGCAUCUUAAGCAGUUUUGGAAAUAAACCACGGCAAGGUCGUGGGGUGGGCCCAACUGAACUGGGGCCGGGAACCUUUUGAGGUGUUAGGGCUUGGGGGGGGGGGCACUGACUAAUGAGUGAGGAGAUUCAAGUUUUGGGUGGUUGUGUUGAAAACGCAGCUCUUAUUGGUCAUUGGCUUCCCAGCCGUCCAUGGUCUAAACUUGUUUCUGGGCCAAAACAAAACACUCUUUUUACCAUUUAGUUCCGCCAGCUUCAAGUGCCAGGAAAAUCGACGACCCUGGAACGUUUAGUGGAAAUACCGAUACACAAGAACACAAGGAAUUCUUAAUGAGAUCCUGGAAGCUGAAUAAAAUGUUUUCAAGUUCCAAGUA